AUGGUUAACGAACAUGCUGAUCGUGAUGAGGCCUUCUGGGCACCGGGGACAGUUGCCCUCGAAGAUGUUCAUCGAACCGGCGACCAGAUCGUCCUUGUCCCUACGCCCUCCGCCGACCCCAAUGAUCCUUUAAAUUGGUCAACGGCUCGAAAGGUCCUCAACUACACACUCGUCAGCUUCUUCGUUCUAUGGACCUUUGUUCAACUCGACAUAGGGUUUACAGCAUGGGGGCCCAUGGAAGAAGAGCUCGGUUUCUCCGUUGAUAUUCUAAAUGCUGGCGCGGCGGUCAAUUAUGGCGGACUUGCCAUCGGAUGCUUCUUCUUUAUCCCCCUCGUGCAUAAAUAUGGUCGCCGGCCGAUCUACCUUUUUAGUACCGUGUUGCAGCUUGCAUCUUGCGUAUGGCAGGCGCAGACCUACAGUGUCGGUAGCUAUAUCGGUGCUAAUUUGAUUUCUGGAUUGGGUGGUGCUAUAUCCGAAGUCAUUGCGCAAAUUACCGUCGCAGACCUGUUUUUCGUACACCAGCAUGCUACUAUGAAUGAGUGGUUUGUUAUUUUCCAGAGUGCGGGCGCCUUCUUGGGACCCGUAGCCUCAGGCUAUAUUGUCAUUUCGCAAGGCUGGCGAUGGAUGUGGUGGUGGUGUGUCAUCUUCUUCGCUCUCACUACUCUGUGCGUCAUAUUUCUCUUUGAGGAGUCAAAGUUUGUGCCUAUUCUUAACGGCCAGAGCGUUAUUCCUGCGACUCCGGCUCUUGCAACCGAAUUAUCUGAAGACACCAUGGACAAGAAGAGAAUCCCGACUGAACAGGCGGUCACAAGUCGAGUCGCGACUAACCUGGAGAUCAAGCCGAAAACGUACUUUCAACGAAUGGCCCUCAUCACACCUACAGAGGAAUCUCUCCUUCCACACUUUUGGCAGCCAAUUGAGACCUUAUUCACAUUUCCAGCUGUCACAUACGCUGCGAUAACUUAUGGCUCCACUUUGGCUUGGUUUGCGAUGAUGACUUCGCUUCAGGCAACUUAUAUGCUCAUGCCACCAUACAAUUUUGAUGCAAUUGGUAUCGGUCUUAUGAAUGUGGCACCAUUCGUGGGUGCUGUUCUUGGCUUCCCAUGUGGUGGAUACCUGAGUGAUAAGUCAAUUCUAUGGCUUUCAAAGAAGAACGGUGGCAUCUAUGAGCCCGAACAACGCCUCUGGCUGGCUCUUCCUGCCGUGGUAUUGGGCCCGGCAUGUAUUUUGAUGUUUGGUCUCGGACUUGCCUACGGGGUGCACUGGUCGUGCCUUGCCGUGGGCUUCGGCGUGUUUGGAUUCACACUGUCCUCUAUCAGCGGUGUCUCACUUUCCUACCUCAUGGACUGCUAUCAGGAUAUCAUUGGUGAUGCCCUAGUCGGCGUUAUUUUCAUGCGGAAUAUCAUUUCUGUGAUCAUUCUCUUCGUGAUCACACCGUGGAUCAAUGGUAUGGGUAUGCAAAAUCUGCACAUUCUUGCGGCAGUUGUGGCUUUCUUCCUGUAUCUCAUUCCAGUUCCUCUUCUCAUUUGGGGGAAGAAGGCACGAGUCGCAACUGCCGCAAGGUAUCGCAGAAUGGCUGCCAAUCAGAUUGGUCGUCGAACAGUUUAG